AGGAUGCGCUCAUGUGUGUCAGUCCACUUAACGUGGUGGAGCAGCGUGACAAGUGUCGCCUCAUUCUUGACUUGCGCAAAGUCAACAACUACCUCGACAUCCCCAAGUUCAAGUACGAAGGCUUGAACAGGGUAGCCGAACUCAUCCGCCCAGGCGAUUGGAUGUUCUCCAUCGACCUAAAGUCAGGCUACCACCAUGUCGAGAUCCACCCCUCCUGCUGGAAGUUCUUGGGAUUCCAGUUCGAAGGAGACUACUAUUCCUUCAUAUCGCUCCCGUUCGGGCUUGCCACUGCCCCCGUUCGUCUUCACACAACUGAUCAAACAACUGGCAAAGCGAUGGCGGGCAAGCGGCGUGCGGGCAUCUGACGCUUGGGUGCCAGAAGUAAC